AUGCUGCAAAACAUAAUUGAUUUCUGCAACUAUUGGUGGUUUCGUUAUCUGAUGGUUACCGAACUGUAUAUGGUGGAGAAAUGGGAAAGGGUCACAAUACAUGUAAUUUUUGCCAUUCUCUUCAUACUCUUUUGGUAUUUCAAUUACUCCGUUCUACUUUCGGUGACGGGUAGUUUAUUUGGCAUGACACCCAUAUCAUCGCUAAUGGAUGCACAAAGUAGCAGUAAAGUUAUGUAACAAAUAAAUCAAUAACUAU